AUGGAAUGUGACCGUUCUUUUGACCGAAUCGAGAAAGCAAAAAAGCUUUCCAAAAAAUUUCAAGUAUAUACACAAUAUAUAAAAAUGACUUUCUGGACUUCAAUUACCUUCAUGGGCUUAUGUGUGACCCAAAAAAGACAUGAAAAAGCAACCAUAUAAAAUGGCGAGAAAUCGUGUGGUUAGAGGAUAGACAUGAACACUUUUUAUCCUUUUUGUUCGAUACAACGAGGUAUCCAAAUAUUCACCGUUCUUUCCAUUCUGAAAAGUGUUCGUCACUUAAAGCAGGAAGACCAAGUUUAUCUGUAGAAAACAUAAGCCAACCCCUUUCCCAGCCGUCUUGAAUAUACCAUACGCUAAGUGGGAGAACCUUAUUCAGCUGUUGUCUUUUAU